AUGAAUGUGAACUCAACAUUCCCAGAAUUUGGAAGAAUAGCUGGCAAUGCAUACAAACGAUUAAAGACUGGUAUAUCGGACACAAUCGGUGAUAUCGUUGGCCCCAAACCUAACGCCGACAUUGAAUACGUGCCAAACAACGGUCCGGUCGAUGAGGUCUAUAGCAAACACCGCGAGAGACACAGCGGACGACUGCAGCGGAUCUGCGAGUUCUUCAGACGCGGACGACUCCAUAGGCGGCCCUGCAAUGAGAGGCACAGAGACAGAGACAGAGGUAGAGAUAGAGACCGGUUUAGGGACGAAGAGAAGGAAAGGGAACGCGAAAAGGAUAGACAACGCGAGAGGGAGAGGGAAAAGGAUCGAUAUAAAGAGACCGAUGAUAUUAAACCGGUUCCAGGACCAGAAGAAGUGAGUGGAAAGCCGUGUAAGACUAGCGAUGGACUGUUGGGCACGUGUGAGAGUUCGACCUAUUGUUUCAGUCAAUACAACGAUAUGAAGGAUUAUGUGGUCAAUCGGUGCCCGCUUUCUAACGGCGUUCACGGAGUUUGUUGUCCUAAGGAAGUGCGCAAACCAUUGGAAACUCGGGUGCCGAUCCGUAUACCACUUCCUGUGCUGCCAUCCGCUAAAAUAAAACACAUAAGUUUGGAGGACAUCGAUAGAGCGGCGGCAGACGCUCACAGAUUUAUCGAGAACUAUAUUAAAACGGAAAGAGAGCUCAUCGAUAAGGGU